GACAGCAUGACUAUCACGUGUUUAAACAGACGCGUCACUGUCUGACCAAUCAGAAACGAGGAAAUACCCAACUUCCUGAUCUUCCAUUGACAACCAUGCGGUUCCGGUUCUGUGGGGAUCUGGACUGCCCUGAUUGGGUUCUGGCCGAAAUUAGCACAUUAGCAAAGAUUUCGAGUGUGAAGAUGAAACUCCUUUGUGCUCAAGUGCUGAAGGACCUGCUGGGUGAGGGUUUAGAUUAUGAGAAAGUUGCAAAGCUGACAGCAGAUGCUAAAUUUGAGAGCGGUGACAUAAAAGCUAGCCUGGCAGUGCUCAGCUUUAUUCUGUCCAGCGCUGCGAAACACGACGUCGAUAGUGAAUCUCUGUCCAGCGAGCUGCAGCAACUGGGCUUGCCGAAAGAGCACGCCACAGGGCUUUGCAAAUCCUAUGAGGACAAGCACUCUGCCCUUCAAGACAGACUAAGAGAGACCAGCUUGAGAUUGAGACGACUCGACUCCGUGUCCUGGCGUGUAGACUACACUCUCAGCUCUAGUGAAAUUAGGGAAGUGAACGAGCCCCUGAUACAUCUUAAACUUCAGACACACAGAGCAGAUCCAGGCUCCUCCGACACGACCAUGGUCUCCAUCUCUCCGGAUAAGUUCAGAGUGUUGCUUACUGAGCUCAAACAGGCGCAGACCAUGAUGAAUGCACUACAAUGAAGAAUGAAGAACAAACUAUGAUCAGGAGGAAGAGACAAAUGAUGCUGAUUAACUGCCAAUAGUGCCAUAUUUGCAUCUUGUACAGUAUUAACUACUUGCUUGAAUUUGUUCACAUCAAAUGCUAAAGAAAGUUUCAUUCCUUCUUUGAAUAUACUGAUAUUUAGUUGUGUAUUUCCACCACCUUUUCUAAUACUUGGUAGAAACAGUUUUCAGUCUGUAAUUUAUCACUCAACUAUAAUUUGCACAAAAGCAUUUUCUUGUCCAUUUUUUUAUUAUAAAAACUGUAAAAAAAAAAAAAAAAAA